AUGAAUUUCGAUCAGGAGACAUCAAGUGGGUUGCUGUCAACGGCCCGCAAGGGAAGGAUCCUUGGCUCAGUAAUAUCUCAAAGAGAUGUCCAUGUUGCAGACAUUGUGGACUCCGGUCAAGAAAUCCUUAUUGUACCUGUGGGUGCGGUGGAGGAGGAGGAGGAGAAGAUCACUCACGAGGAUGAAUGUGAUAUUCUUGAGGUUGUGGAAAUAAUGCAAGAAGACGGUAAUUCCGAGGCCACAAUCCGGAUUACCCAUUGUGGGUAUCUAAAUAUGGGGUUAUCAAAUAUGAAGUACGCUAUCAUCUUAUUGAUGGUAUUAGUUCCCAUUGCAAUCACUCAGUCAGAAGUGGAGCACAUAUUUAACCGUACUCCGGAAAUGCAAGAAGCCUUUAAUCAAUUAAAGAGAGAAACGUGCCACUACAAUCAAGAGAAUAAGAUAAUCUGCACAGAUCCGUUGAGUAAUGUGGAUUUUGAGUGUAAACCAGAGUUAGAUGUACAAAACAUGGAUGCUGAUGAAGCACUAUACGCUGCUGCCACACAAUAUUUUAUCGGCAGUGCAUUCGCCCAAAAUGAAAUUCUCAAAGCGAUAAGUUCUAGUAGUUGA